GAGCCCGGGACGGCGGGCGGCCUGUGGCGGCCAGACAAGGCGGGGCCGCGGCGGCACGCCCCUGGGAGGGGGCGGUGCCGGGGCGGGCCCUGGGUGGAGUCCGCCCCGCCGGCGGCGAGGGGCAGCGGGAGACUGGGCCAAGCAGUGGCCAGAGGGCGUCCCGCCGCAGUCCCGGGCCUCCGGCAAGCGGGGUGCUGCCGCAAAAUGGCGGCCGUGAGCUCCAGGUUGUGCCCAGCGAAAUGGCGGGAUCGUCGAGUGCCCGGAUGGAGUGGCGCAGGGAGCGCGCUAGGCGCUUGCGCGCGCGGCGGGGGCGGGGCCCGGACGGGGCCACGUGGUGCGCCGGGUCUCCAGGACUCGUUUUCCGACCGUGAGGCUGGGAGUAUCAGUUUCCCCGUUUUCCCAGUUGGGAUUGAUUGAGCCACUGGAUGCCCUCACAAAUCCCCGACCGAGCAGUCACACAGUUCUACUGUGUUUCCCACUUUGCCACGUCAUGCUUUACGCCCUAAGGGUACCCCAGUUGGCACAGCCCCCAGUGCACGGCUUCCUAACCGAGUUCUGGACUUCGUUUCCGGAGCCCUUUGGUGGUGGUCGUUCCCUGCCAGCCACCAUGGCAUCAGAUGAAGGCAAGCUUUUCAUCGGAGGGCUGAGUUUUGAUACCAAUGAGCAAUCACUCGAGCAAGUCUUCUCAAAAUAUGGACAGAUCUCUGAAGUGGUGGUCGUCAAAGAUAGAGAGACCCAGCGAUCUCGGGGGUUUGGGUUUGUCACCUUUGAGAACAUUGAUGACGCCAAGGAUGCCAUGAUGGCCAUGAAUGGGAAGUCUGUAGAUGGGCGACAGAUUCGAGUUGACCAGGCAGGCAAGUCAUCUGACAAUCGAUCCCGUGGGUACCGAGGUGGCUCUGCUGGGGGCCGAGGUUUCUUCCGUGGCGGCAGAGGCCGAGGCCGCGGGUUCUCCAGAGGAGGAGGGGACCGAGGCUAUGGGGGAAGCCGGUUUGAAUCUAGGAGUGGGGGCUACGGAGGCUCCAGAGACUACUACAGCAGCCGGAAUCAGGGUGGUGGCUACGGUGACCGGAGCUCAGGUGGAUCCUACAGAGACAGCUAUGACAGUUAUGCUACACACAACGAGUAAAAAUCCUUCCUGCUCAAGAUCGUCCUUCCAAUGGCUGUAUAUUUAAAGAUUUUGGGAGCUUCGCUGAAUCGUUAAUGUGUAGUGAACACACCUCCUUGUAUUCCCACUUUUGUAGUCGUUUCAGUUCUGAUCUUGUCAAACCCAGCCUGACUGCUUCUGACCCCCAAGAUGGCCUCAUUGUUAAGACUUUUCUAUUUAAGGAAGUGCUGUCCAUUUUUAAGGGUUUUCCAAGAGUUGAAAAGCACUUAAGAUUUACUUUUUUCUUUUUACUAUGAGCCAUGAGUUCCUAAAUUGUCAGGGGUUUGGGGGGUGUUGGGGGUUCUUUUUUGUGUUGCCUUUUUUCUUUUUAGUGGGGUUAGCCCCAUGAAGUUGGGUACCCCAUUCACUUGUGUCUGAGAUCAAAUUGAAUGUGCUCUUUGUCGGAAGCUGAGCAAGCUGUGGCUUGUUUCCAACUCUCUAUAAUGUUUCUGAAUGUAGCAUGGUAGGACACCAUUGGGGCUGCAGCAGAGGCUGCCCAGCCCAUCUGCCCAUCUGUGCUGUGUGUGCCCUGCAGUAGACGUGCAGAUGUCCCCCAAGAGGUUCUUGAAGAUGUUUAUUUAUAUUGUCCUUUUUUACUGGAAGACAUAUGCAUACUUCAUCGAUGUUGUAUUUGCAGUGGCUAAGGAAUUCUUGUAUGCAGUUUUCUUUGGCUUUACGAAGCUGAUUAAAAGACUGUGUGAAAUGAACCUUGCUCUGACAAUUUCCCUUUCAUUGCACAACACAGUCCCUGCUGGGCUCUUGCAGUCAGACCUGAGCAGAGAGCAGUUUAAGGAGUAGUAGGUUUGUGAGUCCUACGUGAGGCCUGCGGAGAGCUAGAGGAAGGCAGAGCAAACUGAUAUGGGUCGGGCAUUGUGAACAGCUGACUGCACCAUCCCCUUAGGUGAGCGAGGUGGGUGAUGGGUGUGGGCAACUCAGAUGAUAGAGCAGCCCUGGGAGACUUCUGGCAGUGGCAGCCAGAGGGCUUGACAGGACUGGCAGCUUAGCAGGGACAGUGGAUGCUUGGACACACCUGACACUGACCUUGAGGGCUUUAGUUUAGCAGCAGGCUAGAGAGUGGAGGGCACAUGUGUCCCUGGGUGACCACAGACUGACCAGCUUGUUAGCUAGUUUUGCUCUUGCUUCACAAGUUCUGAGCGUUCUCUGCUAGCCUAUGGAAGCUGCAGCCCUCGGAGGACAGAAGUGUUGUGCGCCCAACAGAAACCUCUGAGAUGCAAGCCGCUCCCUUGGCUAGCUCAUAUGUGGAAAUAGCCCUGUAAUUCGAGGUAACGCCUUUCGCUCGUGUCCACAUCCCUCUUGUUGAGAGCUCAUUUGAAACUAACGUACCCGGGGAAUGUGCCUUUGACUUUUUUUCUUUUUUUUAAAUCAAGCUAUAACUAAAGGCAGGCCCAGUUGUUUGCUCUUCCCUGCCUUUUGCCAGGCAAGUGGCCUUAGGCACAGUCAAACCUUGCUCAUAGGUACCAUCCCUUAAGCAGGAUUGGAGACCACCGAACACCCUGCCUUUUGGAUUUUUUGUUCAUCAAUUGACAGUCUUUUCCAGACCUCUUUAAGUCAAGUACCUAACUAGCUUUCUCUGAUAUCUGUUGCCACCAUUAGUUUUUUCCAGAGCCCACCAGUCUCUAAGCAGCUCAAUCUCGAGUGAGUAGCUGUCUCUGCCUAUGGGAAUGUGGCUCUGGCUACAUUUCAAGGCACAGGCCCGCCCUGGGCAUGCUGGCCUCUGACGGUGCCUCUGAUGUCACGGCCCCAUGACUAGCUUGAGACCCUCAUGGGAGCUGUGGAUGGUUUCCAGGGAGGUUGGGGGGCAGCUGCAAAUCCCAGCAAGGACAUCAGGAAUAACACUUCUUUACUUUGGCAGGUUGAAGGGGACCCAGCCUGGACACAGGGAAGAAUGGCCCAAGAGCAGCAAUGAUCUCAGAGUCACUGUCCCUGGAAUGACUUCACCCAAAGAGUGGAGAUGCAGCGGCUUGCCUUCCAGUAGGUGCUUCCUUGAUGGGAUUCAGGCUACAGGACUUAGGUCAUCCUCCGAAGGACAGGACAGACCACGGUGCUGGCGGCUUGCACGGCGGUCAAUCCUUGCCUGAAACAGUGUGAAAACGUGGAAAGUUGGAUUUAAUAAAGGGUUGAUUGUGUACAGCCAGAAA